AUGGCUUUCGUCAGCACUGUCCAUUGCUCGAGGUUUCGCCUCUAUGAGACUUGCGGAGCUCAACGCUUGAUUGCGUUCUCCGUUCGGUGGCGGUCGUUGAAGCGCUGUCGCCUGAGACCUGUGUGCGAGUUGUCGAGCGAUGGGCAGCUGGAGCCGCGGCGUAAUCCGCUGAACAAAGCCGAUGAUUCGAGCGAAGGACAGGAACGCUCUGAAUCCGAGCGUUCGCAGUGGACUGAGGAAGCGCGCCGCCAGUGGCCCGAGUACGAGCCGGGCUUUGUGCCACGCUCCCGGAACGACCUGGACGCAGAAGAAUACCCGACGAGCACCCCCGGCGACAGCAGUGGUGGUGCCGGCAUCGCUGCGGGCUACGUGACAGGCUCCCGAGAGGUGAUCCAUGAUCCCGUUGUCGUGUCGCGACGAGAGCUUCUCUACGCUGUGAUUAGUAUUGCAAUAAUCGUCACAGGCAUUCUGGGGACAGUCUAUCGUCGCUCGCUUCGCUGGUUUUCUCUAGCCGGUGUCUUUGGAAGCCUGCGACGUCGAUACCCGCCACCGAACGCAAAUCUGCGAGAGUUCAUGAUGGAGUGUGAAGCCGGCGCUGGACCGGUAGCACCGGCGCUGCAACACUGUUAUUACAUUCAGUGGCUGGGGGGUGCCUCCUCAGCACUUGAGGCUGCUCCUGGACAUUGCACGGGGAAGAAGCUCCUCGUGCUGCUGCUUUGGCGAGCCACCGAUUCGGGAACCGGGGCUGCCCUGGACGUUCUGGAAAACCUGCGGCCAUAUAUGGACUUUAUUGACAUUGUCUGCAUGCACACGCCCAAAUUCGAUGGCGAACGCCCACCCCGCUUCGUUCAACUCUCUGCCAAGUACCAUGAAAUGAAUUUUCCCUACGGAGCUGAUGUCUCGCUUCGUCUGUGGCGGGAUCUCGGAGUAACGGUCUGGCCCACUGCAGUUGUGCUUUCACCGCGUUCCAAACGAGUGUUGUUCGCCUUCGAGGGCUACCGUGCGCUCCCCCGAAUUCUGCUAUGUGUUCGCGCUGCUAUCGACUUUUACUUUCCCCGGCGCGUGGCAACGCAACCGCCUCCGGAGCCUUCCUUGCGUUCGGAGCAGCUACCCUCUGGUAAGUCGGCUCGGCUUGGGGCGCACUCUGAUGCGUUUCCUAUAUCCGCAGGUGCUUUGAGCGAGCUGCUGGAGAACAGACGGCGAGCGCUGGCGUCUGCUGAAGACACCGCUAGUCUCAAGGAGCAACGAAGCUCCACUCGUACUUCGAAGCGCAGUUCACGAAAGCGCGACAAGGCCUCCCCCGAAUCGCGACUACCAACCCGCUCGCCACUGCCUCCGCAGGACGUUUACGGGCGCCAGAUACUCGCUCUCCUGGAUACAUCUCGCCAAGCGCUCGCUCUGCGGUUUCCCGGCAAAUUAGACGUCCACGCUGAGAGCGAUCGUCUGUUUAUUGCGGAUAGUGGCCACCACCGGAUCCUGGUUACCAAACUCUCUGGUGAAUUCAUCGAGCAGAUUGGUGGACGAGAGGGUGCCGGCUUUCGAGACGGUACCUUCUCCGAGGCGCUUUUCCAGUACCCCCAGGGCCUAGUCUUUGAUCCACUGGGAAAUCGAUUGAUUGUGGCAGACUCGGGAAACAAUGCACUGCGUAUUGUCCGUUUCUCGGAUGGAACUGUGAGCACCGCAUCUGUGGCACCACUUGUCAAGGAGACCGACGUGCAAGGCGUCAUGGAGCGCAGCAUAUCCAUGCAGGACCGCGAAUCCGGGCGGCACCGAGCGGCUGUCUCGGCAGCAGCAACAGAGCCACCUGCAGCGUCCGAAGGAACACCGUUCUGGGCCUGGCAACGACGCUGGUUCAAACCAGAACGAACGCGUCCUGCGGUGCAGCGUCAAUACGAGCAGUUGCUCAGCGUUGCGGACGCCGAUGUGCGCUUUGCCGAGGUCAACGACCGCUCCAACAACACGAGCAGCGCUGCCAAAUCCAACAGCAAACCAGGAACCACACACCAAAGAACUGGCAUCGCUGCAAAUAGCUCGCCGCUCUCGCUAACACCGAGCCCACGCAGUCGUUUCCGACUUCCCUGGGAUGUCAAGAUGCAUGCCGGAUCCGUUUAUGUGGCGGUUGCAGGAUCGCACCAGAUAUGGCGUUUGGAUUCUACCGGGAUCCUCCGAGAAUACCGCGGUAGUGGCAAACCAGGCCUCGUGGAUGAUGCCGAGGGCUCCCGGGUUCCGGUGUCGUUUGCGGCGCCUCAUGGUGUGUGCGUCCAGGGGACGUGUCUCUAUGUCACAGACUCGGACUCGUCUACGGUUCGCGCCAUCGACCUGCGCGCUCAGUGGACACGAACGAUUGUAGGCGGCGACGUCUUCUUCCUCGAGAGCCUGUCAACGUUUGGCGACCGAGACGGCUGGGGCCGCGGCGGGCACCUCCAGUACCCGUGCGGGUGUUGUGCGCUUCCAGAUGGUCAGAUUCUGCUCGCAGAUACGUUGAAUCACAAGAUCAAGGUAUUGAACCUGGAGCUUCGAGACGUCCGAACGCUGGCUGGGUCCGGAGAGCCUGGGCUCCAUGACGGUGCCAGCACACAGGCAGCUUUUUUUGCUCCACAGGGCAUCGCAUACGAUCCCACCGUUCGAAUGGCGUAUGUUGCGGACACGUACAAUCACUGCAUUCGACAAGUCGACGUUGCCACGGGCACGGUGCGCACGCUCACCCUGACUCCUCCGGCGGUUUUGGAAGCGCUCGCUGCGCCCGCUGCGGAAACCUCACCCAACGGUCGAUAG